GGGUAAAUGGAAUGGUAAUUUUUGGGGGUUUUUUAUACUAGUAUGAUGUUCAAUACAUCUUGUGUACCCAAGACAAAUUGAAUAAAGAUAGGGAAGGGAGUUCAAUUGAGGAGAGUCAUCGCCUCAGAUUUUUCACAGGAAUAUAAAUCCUCGCCCUGGGAAAUCCUGCAAUCAGAAAUGGCCAGAAGGUUGAGUCAAACUGUAGCUCACCUCAUGGGCGGCAGAGGCGGCGUCGCGCAAUCUGUCACCUAUUCCCUUCGUACUCGCUCCGGAAUGGGCCUCCCUGUCGGCAAGCAUCUCGUUCCCGAUAAACCAGUCCCAGUGAAUGAUGAGCUUGUGUGGGACAAUGGGACUCCAUUCCCAGAACCCUGUAUUGAUCGUAUUGCGGAUACCGUCGGGAAGUAUGAAGCAUUGGCCUGGUUGUGCGGUGGAUUGGGAUGUUUUGCAACGCUAGGACUAUUAGCUGUCUGGAAUGAUAAAGCUGCCAAAAUCCCAUUUACACCAAAGGUUUACCCGUAUGACAACCUGAGAGUGGAGCUCGGAGGAGAUCCCUAGUCUAUGUAUCUUAAAUUGCCUGUGAAGGACCUGUUCUUGUUGUGGGGGUCUAAAUAAACCUGGAAAUAUAUGUGCUUUAUUGAACAUCUGAAAUGCCGAUGAAAGUUUACUUGAAAGCAACUUAUCAGUUGCCCUUGGAUGAUCUCUGUACUCUGCUGACUGUGUUCUUUCAAGAGUUUGUGUCACAGUUGGUAUGAUUAGUGAAAUGUUUGUUUUAUAAAAAAAUGCGGUUGAUUAUUAUAAAGAAAAAUGCGGGUGUAGUAAACCAAGCACAUGUAGUUUAUUAAUUCGAUAGAGAAUUAGUAAAGUAUUAGUUCAUGGGUCUUGUUUAGUAGUUAUCUGAUUUGGAUUAUUAAUAGGUGAUUGAGGUAAACAAGACAACCCAUUACCCAUACGAUCAUUUUUCAUGGUUAAAUUGCUCUCAUUUUUUC